AUGAUCUAUCCAUCAUCAUAUGUUCAUUAUGUUCGUCGACAUGCUCAUCAUCAUCAUCAACAACAACAGCAGCCGUUAAUGUCAUCAGCAUCAACGUCAACAGAUCCAAAAUUUAUCGCAUCACUUCUUGAACGUUCCCGUGCCCAACGCGAUACAUACGAUGAACGACAAAAGCUCGUUUCAACCUAUAAGAUCAUCUCCAAAACACAAUGUCUACUACAAAUGCGGUCUCUCGAUGGUUAUGUUGAUGCUAAACACGUAACAAAUCUUGAUGAUACACAAGAAACAAAAGAUGGAAUAUUUUUAUUUCUUCCAAUUGCUGUUAAUCUCUUCUUGGUACAACAUAAAGAAAGUAAACGUUAUCUCUGUGGUGAAAACAGUCAACUGUUUGGUCUUUUGGAAAGAAAUGAACGUCAAUGCGUGUUUGAAACUAAACGUUCCGAUAUUGAUUUUGGUCGAUGGGACUCCUAUCGAUUGUUCUAUGAAAAUCCCAAUCGAGGAUAUUUAUCCAUUUCACAUAUGUGUCAUACAAGAUUAAGACGAAAAUUUGACAAUGAUAAUUAUUUGAACUUUCUCGCGUUUGUUCGUAUUAACACGGAUAUCUCAGUUGAAACAGCAGCUGCACGUCGAAUAGUCAAUCAAGAGAAUAAUUCCGGACGACAAAGAACUAAACUUCUCAAUGGAACGAAUCAUAAGCCACCCAAACUGAUCAGUGACUAUCGACAGCGAUUUCGAAUUUCACUACCAACAACCAGCACAACAACAACAACAACAACGACGACGACGACGACGACAACAACAACAACAACAACAACUUUUAAACCAAUACGAAAAUAUACAUAUUCAACAACAUUAAUCCCAUGGAAAUCCUUAAUUGUUCAUGUCUAUAAUCCGACACAUGCUUCAUAUAUCCCAAUAACAACUCGACGAUGGCGUUCCCGAAGAACACGUCGUCCGUAG